GGCUCAGUAUAAAUACCCCCACCUGUACCCCACCCUCAAGGGUCAGCUUUAUUACUAAAAAUGACUCGCUGACUCAUGCAUAACUUUCACAGAUCGAACCCUGAAACUACAUCUGGGAUGAUCUAAUUCCGGGUCUAAGUCUGGGCACGGCUUACUCACAGAUCGAAAUGAAAUCAGUUACUUGGGAAAAACUCUCAAGAACCAACGUACAUUAUGCAAAGAGCAUAGCGGUUUUUUUUUUCGCAUUGGUAUCCCUGUGGUGCCGGAUCAGCGGUUGACAACCACUCAACAACAAACAUGGCGGACGAAGACAUCAGUGCAAACUUACCUUCACUGAGAUUUGAAGCGGCUUUAACAUCUCAAGAAAACGAAUUAUUGUAUUUACGGGCCCGUAGUCACGCUUUGACGUUGUCAACCUGUGCUCAGGCCCGAUGUACAUCCAGAAGAAAUAUUUAUUUCCACCAGGCGACCUGAAACAUUAUCAGCACUGCAGUCCAGGGGAGUGCACUGUGGAUUUGAUAAUGUGAAGGUUGCUUCUGCUGUACACAUUCUUUUCAUUGCUUGUCUCCCAUCACAGUUCAGUACUGUUGCAAAGGAAAUAAAAGGACAUCUUAGCUGCCCAGUGUAUGUAUUAACUGGAGCUAUUCCUCUUGCAAGAAUAUGCCAGAUUUUGGAAUAUGACCAGAUUAUCAAGCCAGAAUUUUCUUGGAAACCAAAGGACAAAGACAAUGGUGCAAACCAAAAAUGGAACUGUCAGCAAGAACUGCUAGAAAUACUAAGUGAUCCAGGAUAUUGUGAAAUGACUUGUCCAUUGAAUACAGAAAUGAAGGAAAAUUCUCUAGUAGAUACAAAUCCCCGACUAGCCGAGCUGUUUUUGUUUGUCUUUAUCAAUAUGUGUUCUCUAAAGUAUCUGUCAAGAUCCGAAGUUAUAACGAUGUGUAAUACUGUGUUUCUGGGGUUUGGUCCUAUCGAUGAUAUGACCGAGGCAUUAACUGAACAAGAUAUAGUUAACGACCUUGAGGCUUACGCUAUCAAGACCAACAGAAUUGAAGCUGAUGAUGUCGAACGAUUCCCGUUACUUGAUCUUGCCUUGGUCUACGAAGAGCAAAGCCAUUUAGGUCAACGACUAACCCACCCUGACGGUACCUUGAGAAAAAUGUUUGUCAAACGAUACAAGUCUGUGUUUGACAA